AUGCUCAAUCCUAGUCGAUUAUGUCAGAUCGUAGAACGUGUACAAGGUAUUACAAAUGGAAAUACUUUUGUUUCAAGCUAUUUAUUGAAUUGGUAUUGGCCAUUACAUAACACUAGCAAUCAGACUAUUGUUCGAGCACACGCCGGCGCAUUGAAUGAUUCAUGUUCGUGCGAAAAACACAGACAUUGUGUUCAACCCGGAGGUAUUUAUUCCUCAACUAUGAAUAAUGCAUAUUGGAUAAUGCCUGGAAUUCGUGUAGGCUGUUCGAUAGUCGAAACAUGGCUAAAUUCAACACUUGAAUGUUUGUACAAUCAAGCAUGCAUCAAUUUAUUACAAGUCUACGUUAGCACAGCCUCGGUAUAUAUCUCAGAUGUCAUCAACGUAACAGUUUUGGAUCCUGUGUUACCAAGUCGAUUUGCCACGAAUAUUAUGAUUCAAGAGCUUGUCAAUGAGCUCUUUAUUGAGUCAUUUCAAUAUGAAAUAUCCUAUUUGGAAUUCUACAACCAAUGUGCUCCAAGCGUUUGCCUGUAUACAUUUGGAAAAAGGAGCAAUUUUCUCAUCAUUAUUUCAAGAAUUUUAGCUCUGUGGGGUGGACUUACUGUAAUUUUUGGAUUUCUCGCUCCAUGUUUUGUUAAAUUAUUAUUCAAAAUCAAUGCGUAUCGUAAAAAAAACUAG